GGAGACUGGAACGAGUCAUGCACGCAAUCCAAUGAAACUCGCUCAGUCACCCCACGUCUCAAGGGCCAUCUUCUUCAAUCUCAGUUGUAAUAAUCCCCACCUGCAUCCACAGCGCGUAUCAUAACAAGCCCUCUUCGUCAACGCCGUGAUAUUUUUCUCCAACAACCCAUGAGACUAUCAAUAGAGAAUCUUUUUCAGCGUUAAACAUGCACCACUCUUUGACAAGACGAACGUGCUGAUGCAGUUUCUAACUUUGACUAUGGCUUUAGUUUCAAACGAGGGCUAAAUGUGCAGAACUGGUGUAGGUGGAGAUCUACAUCCUCUGUUCAAUGAAGCGAAACGAAAUUCAAGGCAUGCAAGCACGACCCUUUUCAGUGAUUCGUCAAAAGAGGUAGUUUCUUAAUACAGAUUUGUAGAUUUUGGUGUUUAUUGCUUUAUGGGUUUGAAGAAACUACCGCCAUAAACCUCAAAGAUAUGAUUUAUAUGAUUAGUUGAAUUGCUUAUUGAUCAAGUUUUGGUUUGGCCUCUCUACCUUCUGACUGGAUGGGUGAAGAGGGGAUGGCAAGUGAUGUACAAGAAAAGGCUGCCAAAACAAGGCCAAAGUUAACUAUACUGCCUCUUAUUGCUUUAAUAUUUUAUGAGGUAUCUGGGGGUCCUUUUGGUGUUGAGGAUUCAGUGAAGGCAGGAGGUGGCCCUCUUUUAUCUCUGCUUGGUUUCUUGAUAUUCCCUUUGUUUUGGAGUAUCCCAGAAGCUUUAGUCACAGCUGAGCUUGCAACGAGUUUCCCAGAAAAUGGUGGCUAUGUUAUCUGGAUUGCUUCAGCUUUUGGUCCCUUGUGGGGUUUCCAAGAAGGGUUCUGGAAAUGGUUUAGUGGGGUGAUGGACAAUGCCCUUUAUCCUGUGUUGUUCUUGGAUUACUUGAAGCAUUCAUUUCCAGUCUUUAACCAGUUAACUGCUCGAAUUCCAGCUCUUUUAGGGAUUACAAUCUUGUUAACAUAUUUGAAUUACAGAGGUCUGCAUAUUGUUGGGUUUUCAGCCGUUUCCCUUGCAGUAUUUUCACUUUGCCCAUUUGUAGUAAUGGCUGUUCUUUCAAUUCCUCGGAUAAAGCCUCAGCGGUGGCUAGUUGUGAAUUUUAAGAAGGUGGAUUGGAGGGGUUUCUUCAAUAGUAUGUUCUGGAAUUUGAAUUAUUGGGACAAGGCCAGUACUCUGGCAGGGGAGGUUGAAAAUCCAAGUAAAACAUUCCCCAAAGCACUUCUUGGAGCAGUGAUUUUGGUUAUUUCUUCAUAUUUAAUCCCACUGCUUGCUGGGACAGGGGCUUUAAGCACUCAGUCCAGUGAGUGGAGUGAUGGUUAUUUUGCAGAAGUUGGUAUGUUGAUUGGUGGGUUUUGGCUCAAAUGGUGGAUUCAGGCAGCUGCUGCAAUGUCUAAUUUGGGGUUGUUUGAGGCAGAAAUGAGUGCUGAUGCUUUUCAACUUCUUGGAAUGAGUGAGUUGGGCAUGCUCCCCAGUAUAUUUGCUUCAAGGUCGAAACAUGGGACUCCAACUGUUAGCAUUCUUUGUUCAGCUACUGGAGUCAUUUUCUUGUCAUGGAUGAGUUUCCAGGAAAUCCUGGAAUUUCUGAAUUUCUUGUAUGCUAUAGGGAUGCUUCUUGAGUUUGCAGCUUUUAUAAGAUUAAGAAUAAAGAAACCAGAUCUUUAUAGACCAUAUAGAGUUCCUUUGCACACUUUUGGAGUAUCGAUGCUUUGCCUGCCACCCGCAGUUUUACUCAUUCUGGUUAUGUGUCUUGCUUCUCUAAGGACAUUUUUAGUAAGUGGUGCAGUUAUUGUGCUGGGGUUCUUCUUAUAUCCGACUCUAGUUCAUGCAAAGAAUCGGAAUUGGGCUCGAUUUGAUACAGAACCACCAGUUGCUCCUCCUCCUGCCAACCCAGAAGGUGCUUUAGUAGUUUCACAACCGUAUCCGGGGGCUGAUGAGGCUUCAGUCAGCCUUCUCUCAGACUUGUCAUCUGUGAAAAUAGAGGAAGUGGGUUCGGAAAUUAUAUCAGGAGGAGACUUGAAAGCAGAGUAAAAAGCAAUUGCUUAUAAUUGUAUGAAUGUAUCAGAUUGUCAAUAAUCUAAAGAAAUAUACAUGGGCACCAUUCUUGAUUA